AUGGUAGAUUCCAAGUUCCUGAUCGUGACCACGCUAUGCUAUGUGGGAAUCUUCGGCGUGAUUUUUAUCGUCUGUUGCUGUGCUUGGACUAGACAUUUAAGAAGAGAAGGGCGUGGAUAUUCGCCGAGGAUUCGAAAUAACUCGAGCAGGAGGGUUCAUCGACCACAACCGCCAGAAUACCCGAUGGUACCUUCUACACCAUUGUACGCUCAUCGAGGUCAUGGAUUUGCGGAAGUUAAUUUUCCAGAUGGAAACACUUACUAUCCAGCCCCACAGCGAACGCAAAACCUCGCUCAAAGAAAUAAUUUAUACCCAAUGGUACGUCAUCAUCCUACUUCAUUUGGAUACCCACAAGCGCAUUUUUUUCCAACUAGCGUGACGACAAAUGUCGAUAUCUCACUUGACGUACACGGAAUGAACUACGGAGAUACUAGCCAGGGUGGUUUGUCAGGCGAUGAAUUCAGCGACGCCACGAGUUCAAGAUUUGACGGCGUUGCUAGUGUCGCAGCGGAAAAUGUAGAAACAAAGGAAGGCAAUCAAACCCCAAGAACUAUCUCGCCUUCUCACGCCUCAGAAGAUGAUGGCAAAGAAUCCGAGUAA